CCACAUUUUAGGCGCCUUCCGCUACCUUUUCCAACUGAAUCAUUAUGGCGAACUAAUCGUGAAACCGAGUUGAAAAGCCUGUGUAGGAGAAAGUUCGAAGCUGAUACCAAGGAAUCUCAACAUCUCCACGUCUGUUUCGUUGUGCUGAGAGACAAGAAGACAGCAAGUUUGCCUAAACGGUCAAGAAAGAUGUUGAUGACUCUAACAGAGAUUGGCUUCAACUAUUUGCGUCUCAGUCCGAGGUGGGAACAGUUUAAGCCUUGCAUCAUGGAUGAAUCACCUGGUGAUCAUUCCAAAACCCGUCAUGACUUUAAACCUACCAGCAAACGUAUGGACAGAGGGACAUUAACAGCUGUAGGCAAUGCCAAACGAGGUCAUUACGUAGUUGUUGAAAUAGAAAAAACUCACCCCAGUGUUGCCGCUAGCACUAUUUAUGGCAGGGAGAUCAAUGAAGGAUCCCGUUUGGGUCAAGCUUUUCAACUGGCGACGAAAGAUCUCAAAGAUACUUGGGAUGAAGUAGAAGUGAAAGCUGAAAGUGUUCAAAUUGGUUCAGUUGUCAAGUACGUUCAAGUAGGGGACGGAUUUGUCUUUCAAGGGAACACGAAACGUCCGCGACAGUUGCAGGAUGCGGAUAAGGUUUUGUCAGACCUCAGCCCUGUUGAUGGUGCUCACAGAGGCGUUGAAGAUUCCGCUCCUAACUACUCCAAAAUAUUAGCCGAAGAGAGUUGCCAAUGGGAUAUAUCUGAAGAGGGAUCCAGGGUGGAUAAACGUUUUCAACUGUGGACGAAUUAUCUCGAAGUUUUUCUGGAGAGUAUCUUGGCCCUCCGCUGUGCCGAUGGUCUUCACCGGGGCGUUGAAGAUGCCUUUCCUAACGCCUACAUUUUAGCAGAAGGAAAUUACGAAGACUGUACACCCAAGGAGCUAUCGCGACUCACUAAAGUUGAAAAUGAAGCUAUUUCAGUCUUCACUAAGCUUGGGAAACCUUUGAACCUCAAGCUGAAUUGCGUAGAAAAUCUUACGCUACUUAUACCUACUACUGCACUGGAACUGAGUCACGUGGAAGAUACUGAAGAUGUUGCAGAUGGCGUCUUUGUGGAGGUUGCAGAACCGUUUCUGAUUUCUGGAGUUGACGAUUUAAGUAAGCCGCCCUACCCAUCUAUUUGUGACGGCCUCAGUCCACGAGACGAGCCUAAAGAAAUCCCAGUCGAAGCGGAGAAACUUGAAGCUGAUCCUGAGGAAGCCGCCAGUGAAGAUGGAGAAGCUUUUUGAGUCCCAGUAAAUAUCAGUUUAACUUAAGACUAGAUACAUGAACUAUCAUGUUCAAGAAAUAAGAGAAAAUUUCGACAUGGAUACCAGAAGCGGGAGUUAAAUCUGACUCCAAAACGCAACAUUUUUUAAUUUGUAUUACUUAACUUUAGAGUUGUCGUCAGAGGACACAAUUUUAAGAUAAGUGAAAUUUUAGUGCUGCUUUUCUAGGUGUAUCAUUUAGAUAUUUAUUUAUACUUAAAAGUAACGUAAUAUUUCAGCAAUUGCUGAAGUUCCUAAAUUAAGCAUAACAUGUCGAAGCCUUCGUUGGGUUAUAUUCCCAUUGUUAGCGUUAGUCCUUUGGGUAAGCUUUCGUUUACUUCAAUGCUUUGGUUGAAUUGCAAAACUUGCUAUCCAAACGAAACAUGUUAAACUAAAAUCAGUCACAACUUCGUCACAUGUAGCUUUGAGUUCUUAUUGGCUCUGUGUGAUAUUUGCCAUUGUUCUGGGUUUACAGAACUUAAUGGUCCUUAACUUACAUAUUACGCUUGUGCAUGCUGUUAAGUGCAUGAUGCAUAGACCACAAACCGAGUUUUACGGGGUCAAGUGUUUGUUUUGAAUUUUGGAAGGGCAUUUGCUCGCAAACGUUUAAAAGUAUUUUGAUGCAUCCAUUUUAAAGUCCCAAGAAGGGCGUUUUUCCUAGUUCGUCGUUACUAGGGUCGAUAUUUAAAUAACCUAGAUGAUACAUGAAUAGUUUACAAAUUAUAUUUUGCCUUUAGUAAGUAAAACACUUAUUUGCAAUUUCGAAAACAAAGGGAAAUAGCAAGUUUUCGUAAAGUUUCCAUACACGAUACCAUGCCUAAUUAAAGAAUUAGUGUUAGGUAAAUAUGCAAAAAGGUGAAAUAGCAUGCUAUCAGAAAUAGGUAAGAAUGUAAGUAGAAUGUAUACCAUUAUAAACUUAGAGAAUUUAUGGAUCUGAUUCAAACAGGUAUUAUCCAUAUUAUUAUUCCUAGUGCUAGUGGAUUUAUUUGUUCAUGACAAUAAAAAGGCAUCAAGGUGAA